CUUUUUCACCUGUGCCUCCUCUCCCUUCCACACACAAGCAGACCGCCAAGAUGGUGAUGCCAAUCAACAAGCCCAACAUUGUGAAGAAGCGCACCAAGCGCUUCAACCGCAUGCACUAUGACCGCUACAAGUGCCUCAAGCAAGGCUGGAGGAGGCCCCACGGUAUUGACGGCCGCUUCCGCCGGCGGUUCAAGGGCCAGCAGAAGCACGCCAAGAUUGGCUUCGGCAGCAACAAGAAGACCCGUCACAUGAUGCCCGAUGGCUUCAAGAAGUUCCUCGUCCACAACGUCUCGGAGCUUGAGGUUCUGCUGAUGCACAACCGCCACUACGCCGCGGAGAUUGCACACGGUGUGUCUGCCAAGAAGCGCCGCGCCAUUGUCCAGCGCGCCAAGGCCCUCAACGUCAAGGUCACCAACCGCACUGCCCGUCUUGUGCAACAAGAGAGCGAGUAAACGCGUCACCACCAUCCACACGUACUUGUUCUUCUUUGACCCCGAUAUUGCGCCCCGGUUUGGUUGUGUGUCUAUUCGGUCCCCACCUUGGAGUGAAUGGCAUCAGCAACACCCUCGCUGUAUGAA